AUGUAUCAUUUCUUCGAGCUGAUGAUUUUAGGAGACGCAAGACACCUCCCAACUCUUUUUUCAAACCGCCCGUCUAGUGUCGCCGGAGACCAGUAUCAUUUCUUCGAGCUGAUGAUUUUAGGAGACGCAAGACACCUCCCGACUCUUUCUUCAGACACCUCCCAUCGAGUGGUGCCGUGGACCUUGCAUGAUUUUCUGACACCAGAGACACCACCCGUUGAGUGUCGCCGGCGACAUGUAUCAUUUCUUCGAGCAGAUGAUUUUAGGAGACGCAAGACACCUCCCAACUCUUUUUUCGUACCUCUUCCACCUUCUCCAGUUGAUGAUUCUCUGAGCCUCAAGACACCUCCCGAGUGUCUUCUGGUACCUCUUCCACCUUCUGCAGUGGAUGAUUUUGUGACACCAGAGACACCUCCCAUCGAGUGUCGCCAGGGACCUUUACCAUCUUCUAGAGUUGAUGAUUUUAGUAGACAGAAGACACCUCCCAACUCUUUUUUCGUACCUCUUCCACCUUCUCCAGAAACUGCACCGAGUGUCGCCGGGACCUAUAUCAUUUCAUAG